AUGGGCAGUGUCGCUACAAAGGAUGUCCCCACCUACAAACUCAAUGACGGCAAUGAGAUUCCGGUUCUAGCUUUCGGUCUGGGAACAGCUCAGUACAAGAAAGACCCCCAGAGUGGACUCGACCAGCAUGUAGUCGACAUCACUACCAAGGCUAUCAAGACUGGAUAUCGCCAUCUGGACGGUGCCGAAGUCUAUGGCAACGAAGAGGAGCUUGGGCAAGCCAUCAAGGCUGGUGGUGUCCCUCGGGAACAGCUCUAUGUCACCACCAAGAUCCCUGCUGAGAAGAAGGGCUCUGCUAUUGACUCUUUCAAUGUUUCUCUCCAGAAGCUGGGUCUGGAGUAUGUGGAUCUCUACUUGAUUCACGGCCCUUGGUUUGCCGAAACCGAUGAGGACCUGCAGCAGCGUUGGGCCGAGCUAGAGCAGAUCAAGGAAUCUGGCAAGGCCAAGUCUAUUGGUGUUUCCAAUUUCCUCCAGUCGCACCUUGAGGCUGUUCUCAAGACCGCCAAGAUCAAGCCUGCUAUCAACCAGAUUGAGUACCACCCGUAUCUCCAGCACGGCGAUCUUGUUGACUUUCACAAGAAGCACAACAUUGCUGUUUCUGCUUACGGCCCCCUUACUCCUAUUGUCACUGCUAAGGGAGGGCCUGUAGACCCUUUCUACGCAAAGUUGGCUGAGAAGUACGGCGUGACAGAGAGUGAAGUCGGUCUUCGAUGGGUCAUCGACCAAGACAUCAUUGCGCUUACAACAAGCAACAAGGUUGAGCGACUCGAGGGAUACUUGGCUAAGCUACCUAAAUUCAAGUUGACACAGGAUGAGAUUGCAGAGAUCUCUCGACUUGGUGCCAAGAAGCAUUUCCGUGGGUUCUGGAGGAACAAGUUUGAUGAGAACGACAGGUCCUAG